AUGGCUCCCAUGGCGAUGGCAGAGCAGCAUCACCACCGGAAUACGACGAAGAAGGCGAACAAGGUCUUCAAGUCCAAGCAUAUGACCAAAGGCGCUCUGAAGGAGCUAUCUAAAGGAAAAAUCGAGUUCGAGAGGGGCAGCCGCAAAACUCCCCACCAGCAGCUCAUGACGAAGAUGCAGAGACGAAAUCAGGCCGAACAGAAGAAGAGACUCAAGUCCAGAGCUAAGUCCGAGGCUGUUAGUAUAUUCUCUGGCCAACACGGCGCAUCCAGACAUGUGGCAGUCAUACCGGUUUCAGAGGGAGUGGAUUUGAAUGCCGUAGUGCUACAGCUUAACCAGAGCGUCGAGGUGCCGGAUAGUGAAAGUCACAGUGGCAUCUGCCGAGUGCGGAUCGACAGAUUCAAGCAGAGUGUUACAUAUAUCCCCGCCACGAGGGACUUGAUCAGCGCGUUGGAUGUGUGCCGGCUUGCAGAUUUUGUCAUCUUUGUUGUCUCCUCGGAUGUCGAAGCCCUGGAUGAGACGGCUCAAGUGCUGCUUAAAGCCGUAGAAAGCCAGGGUAUCUCUAAUAUUAUGUCCCUCGUACAGGGUCUUGAGAAGAUACCAACACCGAAGAAGAGAACGCAAGUCGUGACAUCGCUAAAAUCAUAUCUGACACACUACUUCCCUAGCCUUGACAAGUGGCCUACGUCUUCGGCGGAGGAAACAGGAGAUGUCGUGGUUACUGGAGUUGUUCGAGGAAAGGGGCUCAAGGCAGAUCGACUAGUACAUAUUCCGACCUGGGGAGAUUUCCAGAUAUCAUCGAUCACGAAGGUGCCUCCUCCGACACGCAAAAAGGACGAUGCGAUGAAUAUUGAUGAUACAGUGAACGAGGAAGUUCUGGAUGAACCGACCGAAGACGCUGAGGAUCUUACUACCGUGGCUCCUGAAGAAGUGUUCAUGACGGACGAUACGCCUUCAAUGCUUGGGAAAGAGAGAAAGGGUGUCUUACUGGACGACCAUCACUAUUUUUCAGACGAAGACGAGCCGGAGGCUUAUGAGAUACCCAAGAGAAUACCCCGUGGUACAUCAAAGUACCAAUCCGCCUGGUAUCUCGAUAACUUCUCCGAUUCAGGAUCCGAUCUCAUGGACGAAGAGCACGACGAUGACGAAGAGAUGAUGGAUAUGGACGAAGGCCGCCCCGAGGAUGGUGUUUUCCCCGAUAACAGAGAUGCCAUGACCGAGGGUGGCGGCACCGAAUACCCGCAGUCCGAGAUGUUCUUGGACCCAUCGCCAGAGGAAGAGGCCAAACAAAUAGAAGAAUACCGAGCUAGCAAGAAGAGUGAGGCACAAGAGGACCUUGAAUUCCCUGACGAGAUUGAACUUCAUCCCAACACAUUGGCAAGAGAGCGCCUGGCAAGGUACCGUGGCCUCCGAAGCCUCAAGACCAGCAAGUGGGAGACUGAGGAGGACAGGGCAUAUGAACCAGAGGACUGGCGCCGUCUACUCCAAGUGCCGGAUUACAAGGGAGCUCGCAAUCAGUGUAUCCGUGAAGCCCUUGUUGGCGGCGCGAAACCCGGAACUAAAGUGAACGUCCAUCUUCGCGCCGUCCCAUUGAGCCUUCAGCAGCGCAACCCAUCUCCUCUCUCCCUCUUCUCUCUGCUUCGCCACGAGCACAAGCAUGCGGUGGUCAAUAUCAACAUGACCCUAAACUCGACGGUAGAAACACCUAUCAAGUCAAAGGAGGAGCUGAUCAUCCAAUGCGGCCCUCGUCGACUGCUGGUCAAACCCAUCUUCUCCUCGGCCGGAACAACCCCGAACAACGUGCACAAGUUCGAUAGGUUCAUACACCCAGGCCGCAGUGCGGUAGCUACAUUCAUCGGCCCUGUAUCCUGGGGCUCGAUCCCGGUACUCAUCUUCCGACGCACAGCCACGGCUGACCCCGAGGUCCUUGAUGGAAGCGACGAGGCCAACACCAAAACCGCCUUAGAACUUAUCGGAACAGGCACAUCCAUGGCACCAGACCAGUCUCGUGUGGUAGCCAAACGAGUCAUCUUGACCGGUCACCCGUACAAGAUCCACAAGAAGCUCGUUACCGUCCGGUAUAUGUUCUUCAACGCAGAGGAUAUCGCUUGGUUCAAAGCUCUUCAGCUCUGGACCAGACGCGGCCGCACCGGCUAUAUCAAGGAGAGCCUGGGAACCCACGGAUACUUCAAGGCGACCUUCGAUGCAAAGAUCAACCCGCAGGACUCUAUUGGCAUCAGUUCUCGAGAAGAUGCGCCUCUGGCGGGCCUGAAGCCGCUGGGCUGCAACCAACAAGCUUCGGGCAUCAAACCACGGGCUAAAAGCCCUGCGUUUCCGCUGCAGCUCUGCUAUCCUUGCCAGCGCCUAGUGGGACUUUUUCAAAUCCUUCCAUAA